AUGGCUGCACCAAUGAAACGAAUAUGUCGACAGGCAGCGACUCAAGCAACACAAUGUGCACGCCAGGCCGCACAGAGUCGACAUCAAAUCCAUCUCAGAGACUGGACAUCAUGCGACGUGACCCAGCAACAGCGAUCAUACGCCCGCCCAGCACGACACAGACAACCCAACGACUCCCGCGACGAUGACUUCCUCCCAGCAACCCAAGAAGACGCCGAUGUGGAAGCGCUCAUCAACGAAAACGAACUCUCCUCGACCGGCCACGCCGAACUCGAACAACACCGCGAACUGCGCGAAAUGGUCCGUCUUGCAGCUUGGGAGAUGCCGCUGCUCAGCACUCUCUCCAAACCCUUUAAGAAGCCAUCAAGUACCAAGUCCCCUCUCCGCUGGCGCUACACCACCUACUUCGGCGAGUCGCAUCCCGCGAGCAGGAAAGUCGUCGUAACCUUCAAGGUCAAGAAGAUCGCAGGCUUGACCGAGAAGCAGCAGGAGAAGUUGCGGAAGUUGGCAGGGUCGCGGUAUAGACUGCACGACAAAGCAUCAGGAUGGGACGACGUCAUCAGAAUGAGCUGCGAGAGCUUCGAAACACAAGCGCAGAACAAGAGGUUCCUCGGCGACACGAUCGAGAAAUUGGUCAAGGAGGCGAAGGACGAGACGGAUAUGUUUGAAGAUGUGCCGUUGGAUCUGAGGCAUGUGAAGAAGGAGAAGCAGUUUACGUUUCCGGAGGAGUGGAAGAUCACGAGUGAGAACGGACGGCAGGCAGAGCUGGAGGAGAGGCGGAGAGCACUGCUGUUGGAGGAAGGAGAGAGGGUUGAGCAGAACACGGUGGUUUCUGGUGCUGCGGCGAUUGAGGCGGCGAGGCAGGUGAGUCUGAGGCAGCUUGAGGAGCCGGUUAUGGCGGAGGCGAGACAACAGUUACCGAAGGGGAAGAUGGGGAAAAAGGAGAUGGGGCAGACGAGAGGAGCGAACAGAUAG